UGGGGGCACAUCGCAUCCACCACGAUCACCACGUAUACCAACGAAAAACGACGUCGUUUUCCUCCCGCAUCUUCAACCCUACCGCCGUCCCCAUGAUCCCGCGCCCUCCCCCCAUAUGCUGACCAACGCCGCCGUCGCCGCCUCCUCCUGGCUCCGCCGCCGCCGGAUCCGCUACUUCUUCCUCUUCCUCUGCUCCCCGCUUCUCCUCCUUCUCCUCUGCGCCGCCCUCCCCUUCCUCUGCGCAGCCGAGCUCUGCCUCCGCCUCCGCCUCUGGCGGAAGCUCCUCCGCCGCGACUCCGCCGCCGCCGAUCGUCUCCGCCGCUGCGAGGAAGGGUUCUGCGAGGAGCAGCCGCAGGAGAAGGGCCUCUUGCAUCGGUACCUCGAAGAUCAGCUUUUUCUCGUCGGAUCCAUGUACGAGUGCGGCGACGAUGACGAUAACAACUGUAACGACGAAGUAGAAGCUUCUAGAAGCGUUGAAGAUGUUGUAAGGUUAGGUAGUUCCACUGCUAGAAACCCUCUCUUGAGAUGAUCGCACAGUGAAACAAAGGAAAGAAAAAAAUAAACUUAUUUUUUACAUUUUGUGUGUAUAUAAAUGUUUAAUAUUGUUCAUUGUUUUUACUUUUUAUAGGAAAAAAAUUGAUUGA